AAUCAUGUUUCUCUUUUGCCUGAGAUAUAGGCUACAGUAAUCUGAAUAUCUCUCAGCUGUUGGAGACACUGUGCUCUGAGAAAACAUAAAAGAAUAGCGGCAACAGAGAAUUCCUCGCUCGCUUACCUGAUUCGGAGGCAGCACUGCAAACACAUAUAAGAGACCGACCGGGAUUUGGGGGAUUUCUUCAAACAGCGUUGUACUCAUGGAGUUCCCAAAUGAUUCCGCUGGCUUUGCUGACCCCAGACACUUCCGUCUGUACAACGAGUCCCUAUUCCAGAGCAACUUCAGCGCCUUCAACGGGACUUACAGCUUCUUCCCGCGGGGCGUCAGGAUCACUAUAGCCGUGGUCUACAUGAUUGUCUGCUUGGUGGGGCUCGUGGGAAACUGCUUGGUCAUGUACGUCAUCAUCAGAUAUACCAAGAUGAAGACAGCUACCAACAUUUAUAUCUUUAACCUGGCACUGGCUGAUGCCCUUGUUCUGGCAACGCUUCCAUUCCAGGGCACUGAUGUAUUCCUUGGCUUCUGGCCCUUCGGCAAUGCCCUGUGUAAAGCUGUGGUCUCCAUCGACUAUUAUAACAUGUUCACUAGUGUGUUCACCCUCACUGUGAUGAGCAUGGAUCGAUAUGUUGCAGUAUGCCACCCGGUAAAAGCCCUGGACAUGAGGACACCCCACAAGGCCAAGGUGGUCAACAUCUGCGUGUGGGUCCUGGCUUCGGCCAUCGGGGUCCCGGCUAUGGUACUUGGAGAUGUGGAGGAUGACAAUGGCACAGCCAUUGAGUGCAUCUUGGUUCUACCAGAUCCUCGCAGUUACUGGGACCCUGUGUUUGGCACCUGUGUUUUCCUACUCUCCUUCCUGGUUCCCGUGGCAAUCAUCUGUGUGUGCUACAGUUUGAUGGUGAAACGCCUCCGCAGUGUCCGCAUUCUUUCUGGGUCCAAAGAGAAGGAUCGCAACCUUCGUCGCAUCACCCGCAUGGUGUUGGUGGUAGUAGCAGCCUUUGUCGUUUGCUGGACUCCCAUUCAGAUUAUGGCUCUGGCUCAGUCGCUUGGCUUUAACCUAGGCAGCGUCCAAACGGUGGUCUUCAUGCAUUUCUGCAUUGCCCUGGGUUAUGUCAACAGUAGCCUUAACCCAGUUCUCUACGCAUUCCUUGAUGAAAACUUCAAGCGUUGCUUCCGCGAGUUCUGCCACCCCUCGCCAUUCGGUCCGGAUGCGCAGCAGUCGGGCCGCAUGCGCAACAUUGCACGCGAAGUGGCCUACAACUGCAAGACUGCAGAUGGGAACAGUAACCCCGCAUGACUAGGUGUGGAGCUGCCCCUGGUCAGCCCCGAGCCACAACCAAAUCCAGGGACAGGAAACUCAAACUCUGAGUUGACUCAAAUUACAAAUCUCUAGCACCACAGUCACCUCUGCCAGGUAGGCGGGGGAAAGGUGUGAGGGCGGAGUCAAGCUAAAUGACGCCCUUUUAGGGACAAAGGGGCUCACUUUAUGGUGUCUUAAUUGGACUUGGAUGUUUUUGUCUACAAUUUUGUUCAUAUUCGAGAUUUGUUACACUUUGUUGUUCAGUGUUGCAAGCUUAUAUAGAUGCUUUUUAUGUAAUUCUUUACAACAAUCAAUGUUUCUCUUGAAAUGUAAGACUGUAGGAUUACAUGGCCUUAAAUAUAAAUCUGAAUCUAUGGAUUAAGUGUACCAGUCCUUUUGUGUGGUAUUGCCAAGUGUUGGACUACUAUAUACACUACUACGUGUAAAAAUAGUAUAUAGUUUAUGGACUGUACUAUAUAUUAUAUAACUGUACAUUUAUGACACAAAAGCUGAAACUACAGAGACUUGUAAAGCCUGAUUGUUAUUUUAAAAAAAAGUUGCUAUUUUCUUGGUUCAAUUGUACAAAAAAGCAAAAACAUAUUUAGAUCAUGUAUGUUUGGUAGCACAGAUUCAAGUGUAAAAAUAUUUGUAAAGUCAUGAAGCAGUAUUACAAAACAGUUGCAGUUGUGUUCUAUAUGUGCAUAAACAAAGUUAAUUACAUUUGAGGUUUAGCAUUGUUGAAGACGUCAGUCAGCAUUACCUCCAAGGAAUUUUUCUAGAAUGUUUUCUGCUCUGCUCUGCUUGGUAUCUUGCUUUGUUAUUAAAUACAGACUCUUUUCAAAGAGAAAGACAACAAAGAGCCAGCACUGUUAUGGGUUUACAUUACAGACUACUGAAUGUGAAAAGACCAUAAAGACGCCAAAUGUAAAACAAAUAUAUAAAUUGAAAGUGUCAUUGAAAUAUAAAGAAAUUGUACACUUAAAUGCUUCAUCCUGUACACUUUAACUUGAUAUUUUGAUUGUUUGUUGACUUGCUUACUUGCUGCAUUGACUGGCUGAUCAUCUACUUGCAUAUUUAUUUAAUAGUGGGAUCAUAUUCUGAUGUACUGACACAAAAUGCCAUGUAGUGCAAUUGAUGUUUACAGAGCCUAUAUGGGAAAUCUUUUUUUCUCCUCUGCAGUUAUUAAAAUGCACCUCUGUGGCUUGCUCACAAUUUA